AUGACUGAAUACGCCACCUUUGCAACAUACCUAGCCCUCUCGCGUUCCGAAGCUGAUCACCGUGUGAAAGCAGAUAUUCUUGUCGGCGUCCAGUUGCAAAGAUCGAUCGAGGGAACCGUGGACGGCGUGCACCGUAUUGGGCCAUUCAGGCAUGAUCCAACGGGCGAGGACAGAGUGGCAGGUUACCAUCAGAAGUGUAGCCAACAGGAUUUAACAGAAUACGCAGAAUUUGACCUACAGAGCAAAUGCAACCAGGUCCGCACGGAAUACGGACGUGAUGAGUUGCUCGAAGACCGAAAUCGACGCGAGAGGUUCAGGUUCAACGAUCCCUUGACGGUCCACGGUUAG